AUGGAGAAAAAGCGCCGGGCGCGCAUCAACGUGUCCUUGGAGCAGCUCAAGUCGCUGCUGGAGAAACACUACUCACACCAGAUCCGGAAACGCAAGCUGGAAAAGGCCGACAUUCUGGAGUUGAGCGUCAAGUACAUGAAAAGCCUUCAGAACUCCUUGCAAGGGCUCUGGUCGGUGGGCAGCGGAGCCGAGUACCCGACGAGCUUCCGUGGCUGUCUACCCGGCGUGAGCCAACUCCUACGACGCGGAGAGGAAGGCGGAGGCGGCCUGCGCUGCCCCCUGGUGCGGGACCUCGCAGGUAGCAGCACCAUGGACAGCGCCAGCACUGGCCCGGAGGCGCCCGCUCUAGGCCACCCCAGUGGUCCUGGUGUCUGGGGUCCUGCUCCAACUGCCGGCGGCUCGCGGUCCCCACCACCCAGGCUCCUCUUCCCCGGAGGUCUCCCUGGCUCCUCCACCAGCGUCCCGGAGCCUCCGCCAGCGUCAUGCCGCCGAACCGAGAGCCCAGGGCCUGGGAUGCGCGUGUGGCGGCCCUGGUGA